AUGGUUGAGAGACAAUUUGACAUUUUGGUCAUUGGGGCCACGGGGUACACGGGUCGAUUAAUCAUUGAAUACCUGGCCAACCACUCUCGUGCAUCAUCACUGCGUAUCGCACUUGGUGGUCGUACGAUCUCCAAAGUUCAGGAACUUGCAAGAAAGUAUCAAAAUAUCGAUGCUGUUUAUCUAGAUGUGCAAAGAGCGGACUGUGGGGAAGCAAUCGCCAAGACUCGAGUGGUUAUAAAUAUUGCGGGGCCGUACUGGACGAGGGGAUCAGUAGUGGUUCGGGCAUGUGCGAGGAACGGUGUGCAUUAUUUAGAUCUGACGGGUGAAGCCCCGUGGGUCGCAAAGAUUAUUGAAGAGUAG